UAUAUUCAUAAUGCCGCGCAAAUGACGUCAGCGUCCACGACUCUCCUAUCCCAGUUCCCGCCAUCUCCCACCAGCAUUUGCUGUUUUCCGUUUGUGGAGGUAAGUAGCACAUUAUUUCAGAAUCUUAAGAAUGCAUUAAAACGCGAUAUAUUAUUAAUUUAUGAAAAGCCAUAAAGCCCCAAAUGACUCGAUGGGUAGUAUGAUUACAGCAGGUAGAAUUUUACAAUGUUUCAAAUGGAGGACAAACAUAAAUCUGACAGAUUCAGUGGUUUUGGAAAGAAUUUCCAUACGUAUUAAUAGGACAUUUUUGAUUAUCUUUAGGCUAUUUGUUUGGUCGACAAGAGAUAUAAAUUCUUCCAUACUUGUAGACAAAUCUUCUUCCAUAAAGAAUUUAUCGACAACUAUCAGAUUUAGAUUCAAUUUUUUUGUCAUUACACUUGCAUAAAUACAAGGUCAUGUAUAAACACAAGGUAAGAAAAUGUGUUUUAGCAUCUCAUCAGAAGUGCAAGGAACAGCAAGUACGAUAUAUACAAAAUGUGGAAUAUAUACAGAAUAGAAUAGAAAGAAAGAAUAAGAAAGAAAGACCAAAGCUUAAAGGCGAACAACAGUGAUUUCAUAGGGCCAGUAAUUACAGAGAUAUGAACCAUAAAUGAGGUCAACAAACUACAAUUUGACAACUAAACAGCAAAUACCACCAUAGGAUUUGAACCAACAGCUUCAUUUUAAACUAAAGGAUUAGAAUUAGGUAUGUCAUAGAAAAUUAUCAUGGCACAUAAACUCCACCCGUUUAUAAAGACUUAAUUCUUUGAAAUUGAUGUAAUGCAGUGAUUACCAAUGUAUACCAUUCUUACCUGUGCAAUCUAUGUUUUUUUUUCCACCCGGUCCAGCACAUCAUCAGAUCUGUAUUUACUAGGUAUACAUUAGAGCACAACACAAAGGCACUUUUAAGAGCCCAUCUGUCUUUCUGUCUGUUCUGCUUUUCUAUUGUAUUGUGGUUCUUUCUCUGUGUCUUGUUCCUGUCGCUUGCAUAUCUCUGUCUUUGUCACUGUCUUUGUCAAUUUGUUGUCUGUUCUGAUCAUCAUGAGCGAUUCGGAGCUGCAGGAGUUACUGCAGAGUGAGGUCAGUGAUGAUCUUAAGGGGGUUGAUGAGUUCCUCUGCAAGCUGCAGAAGGAGGCUACUGCUGUUCAAGAGGCUGCAGUGCCAAUGGUGAGGUGGAAGAAAAGGAGAAAUGAUGGAAGCCUUAUCUGUACAAAGCCACGAUCAAAUAGGAAGCAACCUUCUAAGGCUGAUUGUAGCCGCCUGCCUCAAGCAGAUGCUGCUCCGAACCUGACUGAGGUGGUCUUCACUCCUGAGACAAUUGAGGAGUUUAUGCUGGAGCUCCAGCAUGCCUUAAGUGAUGCUACAGUGGAUCAGUUGGAGGAAGAACUACCUCAUCAAACUUCUCCUCAAGCAUCGUCAGAGUGGAGCAAACGAAAGUGCAUGUUUGCUGAGAACUGGAGGACAGAAAGACCACGCCUGGUAAACACCAUUAUGGCAAAUCAACACGUGGUUCCCAAGACUUGCCAGGAAUGUUGGAGCAAUGCUGCUGUCGUGCGGUGCCGUGACUGCCGUCCACACCCUUUCCUCUGCUCUGAGUGUGACCGCAGAAUGCACGAUAGAUAUCCCCUUCACAACAGGGAGGCCACUAUUGCUGGCUUUUAUCAGCCAUUGCCCCCAACCAAAGUCAUCUGCAGUGGGGCUCUUUGCCAUUAUGAUCGUCUUGUGCCUCUGGAGAUACCUGCUACAAUCUGUGGUUGUGCCAGCUCCCUAAAGCUCAAACCAGGAAAGCGUGUGGCUGUGGUUACAAUGAAUGGACGACAUGAUUUGAGUAUUCCAGAGCUCGUGUGUGACAGUUGCUGCACUACAUGGUCUGCAGGAAUUGAUACAAUUCUGGCCAGUGACUUCUGGCCAGCAACACUCAACUUUGCCACUCUCUUUGCCACUGAUGUGUUUGCAACUUAUGAAGACAUGAAAAUGGCAGCACCUGGCUUGUCUUAUGGGGAAGAUCUCUGCUGA